AGGCCAUUUCUCAGGGCAAAUUUUGAGGAAGAUUCCAACGGAUUCCAAGUGCUCCCGCCUUGCCGCGCUGCACGUUUCUCGGUGCCAUGCUUCGACUGUGGGCCGUCUUGGCCUUGCUUGCUGCAGGCAGCUUCGCGCGAGCCGAAGAGGCUGAGGGCGAGGCCGAGAAGGUUGUGGACGGUUUCAGUGAUGGAGACCGGGCCAAGAUGGCUGAAUCUUCCGAGAAACACGAGUUCCAAGCGGAGGUGAAUCGUUUGAUGGACAUCAUCAUCAACUCUCUGUACACUGACAAGCAGGUCUUCUUGCGAGAGUUGAUCUCCAAUGCAGCAGAUGCUUUGGAGAAGGCUCGCUUCCACAGUGUGCAGGAUGAGACCUUCCUGGGAGACACUAAGGAUCUUGAGGUCAAGAUUGAGCAUGAUGCUGAUGCGAAGACCAUUUCCAUCAUUGACACCGGCAUUGGAAUGUCCAAGGCUGACUUGAUCAAUAACCUUGGCACAGUGGCAAAGUCCGGUACCACCAACUUCUUGGAAGCAAUGGCUGAGGGUGGAGAUGCCAACUUGAUUGGUCAGUUCGGCGUCGGCUUCUACAGUGCCUUCUUGGUUGCAGACAAAGUCUCCGUGACUUCCAAAUGCAACGAUGACCCCGUGCAGCAUGUUUGGGAGUCUUCGGCUGAUGCCUCCUUCACUGUUGUGGAUGACCCAAGAGGCAACACCUUGGGCCGAGGCACUCGCGUGACUCUUCAUCUCAAGGAGGAUGCCCACGACUACUUGUCGGAGGACAAGCUGAAGGAGAGUGCCAAGAAGUACUCUCAGUUCAUCCAGUUUCCCAUCUACGUCAAGGUGAAGAAGGAGGUUGACGUUGAGGCUGAAGAAGACGAUGAUGAUGACAAGGAAGAUGAGGAUGAAGAGCAAAAGGACGAUGUGGAGACCAAGGAUGAAGAGGAGAAAGAUGAGGAAGACAAGAAACCAAAGAAGAAGACCGUCUUCGAGUGGGAGCAGGUGAACACGCAGAAGGCCAUCUGGCUCCGAGCCAAGGAGGAUGUGACCGAGGAAGAGUACAAUGAAUUCUACAAGAGCAUCUCCAAGGACUACUUGGACCCUUUGGCAUACACACACUUCAAUGCGGAGGGCGAGAUCGAGUUCAAAUCGAUUCUGUUCUUGCCCAAGAAGGCUCCAUUUGACAUGAUGGACAACUACUGGACCAAGAAGUCCGAAGUGAAGCUCUUUGUCCGCCGAGUCUUGGUUGCGGAGAAGUUCGAUGAGCUCUUACCUCGGUACUUGAACUUCGUGCGCGGUGUUGUGGACUCCGAUGAUUUGCCACUGAACGUGUCUCGUGAGCAGCUGCAACAGAACAAGAUCAUGAAGGUGAUUUCCAAGAAACUGGUUCGAAAAGUUUUGGAGCUGAUGAAGAAGCUGGCCAAGGACGAAGAGUCCGGCGGCGAUGAUGAAGAGGAAGAAAGUGAAGAGAAGGAAGAGAAGGAGGAAAAGAAGGAGAAGAAAGACGAGGAGGGCUUGUGGACCAAGUUCUGGAAGGAGUUCAACAAGAACUUGAAGAUGGGUUGCUAUGAGGAUGACUCCAACCGCUCCAAGCUGUCCAAGCUCUUGCGAUUCUACACCACCAAGUCCGAGGGCAAGGAGGUGAGUUUGGACAAGUACUUGGACCGAAUGCAGGAGAGCCAGGAGAGUAUCUACUACAUGUCGGGUGACUCCAUCGAGACCAUGAAGAAGGCUCCUUCCCUGCAGAUCUUCUUGAAGAAGGACCUUGAGGUGCUGAUGCUGCCGGAUCAUUUGGAUGAGCCAUGCCUGCAGAAGCUUGCCGACUACGAGGGCAAGAAGUUCGUGUCUAUCCAGAAGGCAGAUGUCAAGCUGGAUGAGACCGAAGAGGAGAAGAAGAAAUUCACCAAGAUCAAGGACAUGUACAAGCCUCUGACUGAUUGGUGGAAGAAGAAGUUGACUGACCUCACUGAGAGUGGUGCCAUGAAGGAGGCUGGUGUGAAGGUUGAAAAGGUGGAAGUCUCCAAGAGGCUCACAGAAUCUCCAGUUGUGGUGGUGACUUCCCAGUUCGGCUACUCUGCCCAGCAGGAGAAGGUCAUGAAGUCGCAGGCUUUCCAGAACAAGGAGCAGCUGUCCAUGAUGGCUGGCCGAAAGACAUUGGAGAUCAACGCAAAUCACCCUGUGAUCAUCGAUCUGCUUGCCAAGGUGAAGGCAAGUGAAAGCGAUGAGGCAGCCAGCAAGACAGCCGAAGUGCUCUUCCAGACAGCCCUGAUUGAGUCUGGCUUUGAGAUUGCAGAUCCAUCAUCUUUGGUGAGCCAUGUGUACAAGCUCAUGUCCAAGGAGCUUGGUGUGAAUCCAGAUGCUCCUCUGAAGGAGAUCGAAGUGCCCGAGGAUGAGGAGGAACCUGAGGAGGAAGACAAGGAUGAUGACGAGGAGGAGGACACCAAGGAGGAGAAGGAGGAUCUCUAAGUUUUGAGGUGAAGAUCCCGCCUUGAGAAGAUUAUUUGGCCACAAAGUUGUGCAUUUAGAGUGGUGUGGACUUGUUUUCCAAACAUUAACCCACACCCUCAAUGUGAAUUCUGGUGCUUGGUUUCACGCCAAAGUCUAUUAUAUACCGCCUUUUGAAAGGCAUCGCAAGCGAAAGCACAUGCAUGAAA